UCAGAACCAGUCCGCUUUUCAGUUUAGGAAACCCUAAACCCUAGCCUCCUCUCCCCACUCCCAUGGCGCCGCCGUCGCAACUGGUGCUUGCGGCCUCCUCCACCGACGCCGGCGUGGCCGCGUGGGACCUCCGCACGGGGGCCGAGGCCAUCCGCCACCGCCCCUGCGCCUCCCGGCCACGUGCCAUCGCUGCCGUCGCCGGCCGCUUCCUCGCCGCCGCCCAAGUCGCCGCCGGCAACUCCGCCCCCAUCCACUACUACCACUGGGACAAGCCUCAGGUGGCUGUGAAGAGCUUCCCCGCCGAGCCAAUCCGCGCGCUCAUUGCUGAUCCAGAGGGGAACUAUCUCAUCGGCGGCGGUGUGUCCGGUGACAUAUUCUUUUGGGAGGUGGCUAGUGGAGAGCUGCUUGUCCGAUGGCAUGCUCACUAUCGUGAUGUUAGGUGCCUAGCCCUGUAUGACAUGUUGCUUGUCUCGGCGUCCGAGGAUGGGAACAUCAAAGUUUGGGAUCUGCUCACGAUGCUUGAUGAGCAAUCAAGGUUUGAGGCAAAGACACCAUACCUAUACAACUUUAAUCAGCACACACUUCCUGUAACUGAUAUUGCUUGUUUUCAUGGAGCAAUUGCUUUGUCAUCUUCAGAGGAUCGUACAUGUAAAAUAUGGAGUCUAUCAGAGGGCAGAAUGCUGAGAAGUAUUUCAUUUCCUGCUAUCAUUGAUUCUGUCGAAAUAGACCCAAGAAGUCAUAUUUUCUAUGCUGGUGGUAGAGAUGGAAAGAUAUAUGUUACUGCUAUGGGUGUUGAUGUCUCCUCUCAGGGCCGUGAUGAUUUGUCUAUUCUUGGUAUUCUGGAUGACCACAGCAAGGCGGUAACGAGCUUAACAUCAAGUACAGAUGGCCUUCUACUAGUCUCUGGUUCGGAGGAUGGUAAUGUUCGGGUUUGGGAUACCAGAAGUCAGCAAGUAACCCGGAAAUUCAAACACUCCCAAGGUCCAGUAACUAAUGUUCUCAUAGUAACACCCAAAAGAUUAAAUCUGCCACCUUUACAACCAUUGCGUAAAGUGUGUGCAGCGAGUGGCGAAGUUGAACCACGGGCUGUAAUUCUGCCCAACCCUGAAAAUGAUGUUCAUAUUGCUGGAAAUCUCAGCUCUAACCUUCUAGAGCAGCUCUUGGAUGCACAGCAGCAGCAUGGCAAUUCUAGGUUAUUUGAUUCUGGGGUGAGCACUCUGAAUGGCGUACCAAACCAACAGGGUACAGAAUGGAGAAGUAAAUACCUAGAGUUGCAGGAUCUCUUUGUGCAUGAGGUUCUUGGUGAUAUGCCAUCUUAAUGGACAUAUGAUACCACAAGACUGGAUAUUACAGGCCAUUACUGCCAGUUAGGGGGGGGGGGUUGCGGCGAAGAACUGUUCAACUAGCAAAGCUGGGAAAUCCAUGGAUGCCGAAGAUGACUUCCUUGCAACAAGGAAACUUGUACCUUUAAAUGCGUCCAUAUGUCAAUCGACAUGUGGCGGAACGAUACCAGAAAUAUGAAAAAAAACUGUAAACGGAUCAAAGACGGGCAUGUGAAACUGACUGAGUAAACAGAAAUGAAGGAAAUUUUGCUUAGUGUAGGGUGCGCUGUAGUGAGUUAUUAUUGGCCUGGUCCUCAAUUAUGUACUGGGUGGAUCUCCUGAUCUAACGCUCUAAAUCGUUCCAACGUUGUGCACCAAUUA